UGUAGGAGUCGUCGUUGGCAGUAACGACGCCGCGGCGCGAGACUCGAUGUAGCGUCGCUUCACAUGGCUCAGUGUGGGGAAGGCUGCAACAUCAUGAAGGACAAAGACAGGAUCGCUCCUGUUGGCCCGUCCCAGCCCGCUUCGCCGUCCCACAGGAAGCCCAUGAAGCUGAGGAACCUGGGCUCAAGGGCAGAGGCCUACGACUCCCUGCACUUCAAGGUGGCUGAGCCGACGCAGUGCACCCAGCAGGCCUGUCUGGGCAGCGUGGUUUCGCUUCACACUCGCCACACAGUGGGGCCGCGCACCAAGGAGGAAGUUCUGCGUCAUGCCAAGGACUUCCUGGAGCAGUACUUCACCUCAAUCAGACGGUUGAACAGCUCUGCGCAUGCGUCCCGCUGGGAGCAUGUGCAGAAGGAGGUCCAACUGAACGGCUCGUACCAGCUGACGGAAACGGAGCUCGUGUUUGGCGCGAAGCUGGCCUGGCGCAAUUCCGUGAGGUGCAUCGGCCGCAUACAGUGGUCCAAGUUGCAGGUGUUUGACUGCCGUUACGUCACCACUACAAGUGGCAUGUUCGAGGCUUUGUGUAACCACAUAAAGUACAGCACAAACAAAGGAAACAUCAGGUCCGCGAUUACGGUGUUUCCUCAGAGGACGGAUGGGAGACACGACUUCAAGGUAUGGAACCCGCAACUGAUCAGCUACGCGGGCUACAAGAACCCGGACGGCGGUGUCACUGGCGACCCGCUGAACGUCGAGUUCACAGAGGUGUGUCUGAAGCUCGGGUGGAAGAGUGCCAGGACAAAAUGGGACAUCCUUCCGCUGGUGCUGUCAGCUAACGGUCAUGACCCGGACUACUUCGACAUACCGCCAGAGCUGGUGUUGCAGGUCCCGCUGUCCCACCCCGUGUUCGAGUGGUUCGAGAAGCUGGACCUGCGCUGGUACGCGCUCCCCGCUGUUGCUAACAUGUUAUUCGACUGUGGAGGUCUCGAGUUCACAGCGGCCCCCUUCAACGGCUGGUACAUGAGCACUGAGAUCGGCUGCAGGAAUCUGUGUGACGCCCACCGCCUCAACAUGCUCGAGAUUGUGGCAGUGCGAAUGGGUCUCGACACACGGACUCCAGUCACUCUGUGGAAGGAUAAAGCUCUCGUCGAGAUAAACCUCGCAGUUCUGCAUAGUUUUCAGUCGCGGAACGUGACUGUCGUGGACCACCACACGGCCUCGGAGUCCUUCAUGAAACAUUACGAGAACGAGCUGCGCCUGAGGAACGGCUGUCCCGCAGACUGGGUCUGGAUCGUGCCACCCCUCUCUGGCUCUGUGACUCCCGUUUUUCACCAGGAGAUGGCGCUGUAUCAGCUGAAACCCUCGUAUGAUUACCAGGAAGCGGCUUGGAAGAGCCAUCAGUGGAAGAAAGGCAGAGAGCAGGGGAAGAGUAAGAAGCCGAGGAGGAAAUUUCACUUCAAACAGAUCGCCAGGGCAGUGAAGUUCACGUCCAAACUGUUCGGACGGGCGCUGUCUCGCCGAAUCAAAGCCACAGUGCUGUACGCUACCGAGACAGGCAAAUCGGAGAUGUACGCCAAGAAGUUGGGCGAGAUCUUCGGACACGCUUUCAACUCGCAGGUGUACUGCAUGGCUGACUACGACAUGAGCAGCAUCGAACACGAGGCUCUUCUGCUGGUCGUCACGUCCACUUUCGGUAACGGAGAUCCCCCGGAGAACGGAGAGGUGUUUGCGCAGAACCUCUACGCCAUGAAGAUGAACGACUCGGCAGGCGUCACCAACGGCGCGGACAAGUUCAGCAUGGCAACUUCCAAGUCCUUCAUCAAAGCCAAUAGCCAGACGGAGCUUGCCGGUCAACAGGCAGACCGGAAGCUGGACCGCCUCGACUCGCUCAGGGGUUCCGUCAGUGACGUCAUGGCAGAAGACACGUUCGGGCCCCUCAGCAAUGUCAGGUUUGCCGUGUUUGCGCUCGGGUCAAGUGCUUACCCUAACUUCUGCGCCUUUGGCAAGUAUGUGGACAAUCUUCUGGGAGAACUCGGAGGUGAGCGGCUGCUCAAACUGUCCCAGGGGGACGAGAUGUGUGGCCAGGAGCAGACCUUCCGCAAGUGGGCCCCAGAAGUCUUCAGUGUUGCCUGUGAAACGUUUUGCCUGGAUGACGACGAUACUUUUCUGGAGGCGACGCUGGCCCUGCGGUCGCCCACCCUUUCCUCUGCUACUGUGAGGCUCGUGGGGGCCAAGCAAGAGAGCAUCGCCAAAGCGCUCUCCAAGUACCACAACAGGAAGGUGACCCCAUGUCAGCUGCUGAGGAAGACGAAUCUGCAUGGCAGUGAUGCCAGCCGAGCUACAAUGCUGCUGGAGCUGGCGGCCGACUUGCCUUACACACCAGGGGACCAUGUAGGUGUAUUUGCAUGUAACCGACAAGAGCUGGUGGAUGGAGUUCUGUCCAGAUUGCAAACAACCACUGACCCAGACGAGCCAGUUGAGCUUCAGGUGCAGAAGGAAACUCACACCUCCAAUGGGGUUCUAAAGACAUGGGAGCCUCAUGAACGCCUACCACCCUGCACCAUACGAAUACUGUUCUCUCGAUUUCUGGAUAUCACAACUCCACCCACUCCCAAUCUUCUGCAGCACUUUGCCUCUAUUGCCACUGACCCUGAGGACCAAAGGAGGCUGACAUUGCUAGCUACAGAAUCAGCAGCAUAUGAGGACUGGCGUCACUGGAGAAUUCCACAUCUUCUUGAAGUUCUGGAAGAGUUCCCAUCUGUUCACCCUUCACCAGCCCUACUUGCUGCACAACUUACACCCCUGCAACCCCGUUUCUACAGCAUAUCCUCAUCCCCCAUUGUUCAGAGUGGUCAGAUACACAUCACAGUUGCAGUUGUCUCAUACAGGACACAGGAUGGAGAAGGACCUGUGCAUUAUGGUGUGUGCUCCAACUACCUUCGAGAUGCAAAUGAGGGAGAUGACAUCAAUCUUUUUGUUAGGAGUGCCCAGAGUUUCUAUCUGCCACCUGAUGUAAGUCGACCAGUGAUUAUGGUGGGACCAGGAACAGGCAUAGCACCAUUCAGGGGCUUCUGGCAGCAUCGCAUGGCCCAGCUUCAUGCAGCAGCUGGUGGACAAGUAUUUGGCAAAAUGUGGCUGUUCUUUGGAUGUCGGCAACAUGCCCUGGAUCUGUAUCGUGAGGAGAAAGCAAGGAUGCUGGAAGAAGGGGUACUGGCUAAAGUUUACCUCGCCCUGUCUCGAGAACCAACAAUCCCAAAGACGUAUGUUCAAGAUCUUCUCCGUAAGGAGGCAGCUGCAGUUUACCAGAAAAUUGUGAUUGAAGGGGGCCACUUCUAUGUGUGUGGAGACUGCACCAUGGCUGAACAUGUGUACCAGAUGCUGAAGCUAAUCAUACAAGAGCAUGGUGGCAUGCUGGAUUCUGAAGUUGAGAGCUAUAUGCUCACAUUGAGGGAUGAAAAUCGCUACCAUGAAGAUAUCUUUGGCAUUACUUUGCGCACUGCAGAAGUUCACAAUCGUUCAAGAGAAUCAGCAAGGAUCCGAAUGGCCUCGCAACCCUAGAUAUGACACGUCUUCCAGCCUAGCAGACACCAAUUACAGGACUGGAUACAAGAGCUGGACAUUGCAUCCGAUGGUGAUAUCCUAUGAGAAGACUGAUGUUAGAUUUUAGUAACCAGUGCCAACUUAAAAGUGAUAAAACCAUUGAUAUCUUUUUUACUUUAAAUUUGGUUACAGCUGUGAAUACGUAAAUUACUUCAUGGCUGUUGUAUGUAAACUAGCUUUGCAUUCACAUCCUUAAUGAUGCACUGCUUAAUCACGGGUAUUUAUUAUUGUUUCUACAUAAGUCAAAAUAUAUCUUAUUAGAUGUUUUUCAGCAGUGCAGCUGAAAUAUUAUUUAUUAUAACCUCUUAGUUUAUAGUACUAAUAUUAGGAGAUGCAGUGUACUUAAUUUUCGUAUGAUUAUAUAUUUAGAGCAGUAUGCUCCAUAAUAUUGCUAUAUAUUUUUACGUUAUUAAGAUAUACAGUAUAAUGAUGAUAUAUCUUGAGUGUUCUCUUCAAUCCAGUUGGAAUUUUACGUAGACAUAGUUGGAUACAGUGCUUUUUUCAUCCAGUAUGCAUAAUGGAAAAGCAUUAUGCAUACUGGUUUACUUCCAAGAAGUCAAGAGGCGCACAUCUGCUAGCAUAUUUUAUGUAUAAGAGUAAUGGCAAAAAUAUUUUAGUAAAAGAAGGGCACUGGUUAGAUAUAACACAAUGGAACAGGAAAACUACAACUUACACAUACAGAGCAAAAAAUUUCUUAUUUUAAAAUAGUUUUAUUCUGAUGAGUACUGUAAUUCUUACUACUGAUGUCUGCUGCUAUCUUGUUUUGUUCUUUAUUUUCAUAAAACAAUGUACUUUCACUUCAUGGAUACAUUAAAUGUUGUUAAAGCACUACUGCAGUAGAUAUUUUAUAUAAACCAAUUUAUUUGUACUGAACACACAUUUCUUUAUUUGAAACUAAAUAUAUAAGCGUUUACAUGUGUGGAUUUGUUGUGGGUUAAAUUUCAACUCUGGAAUUUAACACACUCCACCAGAGUUGGAAUUCAACCCAUAAAAUAAAGGAAAACAAAAUCGUGGAAAAACAUAGAACAAAACUCCAUAGAACCCAGCAACAACUUGUUCCGAGCAGUGCAUCUGCUCCACAAAGAAAAUCAAACGGUAGUGGGAAUAAAACACACCUGAACACUAUCAAAUAUUAAAAAAACCUGAAAGUAAUUUGUAUAUUAUAACACUACACUUAAGCUAAUAGACACCAACAUGAAUAGUGUACAUACUAAAUGAUAUUUAGACAGGACAAGUACCAUGAAUAUAACGAACAAUAACUUUAAUUCCUUGUAUAAAAUUUUAAUACAACA